CAGUUCUCGGUGGGAUCCUUGGGUUUAGAGCCGGAGCCAGUGGGUGCCAUCUUGUCUUUGGCGGUUUCCGCCAAGCGCGAGACGGGAUUUGUUCUUGACGACAUGAUGAGCUGGGUGAUUCUGUAGUUCGAUCAGUCUCUAUUCAUUUUGAAAUGCUGACCAUCCCCGCGGCAAUCGAGCACAUCUAUACUCGCAACCAAGGAAAGCAGCAAGCGUACCAAAUGGUAGUACAAUUGCUUGGAAUGGAUUUGAUGUGUUGGUUGAGUUCGACAAGAGGAUUCGACUGGGGCACGGCCCGGCGUGUUAUAAGUUCAAAAGGUGGCGUCGAUGAUGAGAUGAUGACGCCGGGACUCGUAGUGCAGCAUCAUGCGGGUGUUUCUCCAUACUUUGAUGCGGGAGAGAACGAUGUGAUUGCAUGGUCACAGUUGGGUGAGGUCAUCAGAGCCACCAACAUUGGUCGAGCCUGGUACAGGGGUUCCAUGGUCGGAGUCCGAUGUCAGCCUUUCUUUCAUGUGGAGUUUGACCUAUGGGGACUGGAGAAGAUGUAUCUUUUGCACUGGUGUCACUUGGGUGUCCUUCCUGUCAUGCUCAUCCUGUCCAUGUGUCCAUAAAUCUUAUUGCAUCCGGGGUCGAUGCAGUAGGCCUGCUGCUUAGCCGACCCACCAAAUCACACCUCGUAGAAUGUCAAGUCUUGCCACUAUAACUGUUGACUGUAUUUGCAGGUUGUUCGAAGUCGAGACAUGUAGAUGUAGAUAACUGUAUGCUGUCGACCACAGUCACCGCCUUGUCCACGUGGGGCCGAGAUUCCUUCUCCACACUCUGGAGAUCAAUUAGAUUGUCACUCGCUUCUUGAUAACGGCCGCCAUGGCUGUUAGGGCGGAGUCAAUAACCACCGGAAUAAUGGCAAUCUAUACUUAUCACUCAAAAGUUCUCAUGGGACCUCUAAUUCUC